CACCAGACGGCCCACACAUGGCCCAAUUUUUGCCGACUCAAGACGACGACCGCUCCCACUCUUUGUCCUCUUCGUUCCUCCGCCCUCACCGUGCCACACCGCCCGGGGAACGGUGGGGGAGGCGGCUCGGCGAGGCGGCCGGAGUAGAGGAUGAUCUACACUGCGAUUGACACCUUCUACCUGACGGACGAGCAGCUGCGGGACUCGCCGUCGCGGAAGGAUGGGAUCGACGAGGCCACCGAGACCGCGCUCCGUGUCUACGGAUGCGACCUCAUCCAGGAGAGCGGCAUCCUCCUCAGGCUACCACAAGCAGUGAUGGCCACAGCACAAGUAUUGUUCCAUCGCUUUUACUGCAAGAAAUCAUUUGUUCGAUUUAGUGCAAAGAGAGUUGCUGCUAGCUGUGUUUGGCUGGCAGGGAAGUUGGAGGAGAGUCCUAGGAAAUCGAAGCAUAUUAUAUUUGUAUUCCACAGAAUGGAAUGCAGGAGAGAAAACUUGCCAAUUGAAUACUUAGAUGUCUUUUCAAAGAAAUACUCAGAACUGAGGCAUGACCUGAUAAGGACAGAACGACAUCUGUUGAAGGAGAUGGGUUUUAUUUGCCAUGUCGAACACCCCCAUAAGUUCAUAUCGAACUACCUUGUAACACUUGAAGCCCCUGAGCUAACUCAAGAGGCAUGGAACCUUGCCAAUGAUAGCUUGAGGACAACUCUGUGUGUGCGAUUCAAGAGUGAAGUGGUAGCAUGCGGAGUUGUGUAUGCUGCAGCCAGGAGACGUGGUAUUUCCCUUCCUGAGGAUCCUCCGUGGUGGACUGUCUUCGAUGCUGAUGAAGCUGGAAUUCAAGAAGUUUGCCGGGUUCUUGCUCACCUCUACAGCCUCCCCAAGUCGCAAUACAUACCAGUGUAUAAAGACAAUGAUUCCUUUACUAUUAGGACACCAGAUCCACAGGCUUCAAAGGAAAGUCCUGCAAGUGCUGUUGCUAGUGAUAAGGGUACUCCUGUACCCUCCAGUUCUAGCCAGGAGAAGGAUUCAGUGACGAAGGCUGCACCAAACAAGGUCAAGGAAAAAAGUGACGACGAAGCUAAGCCAUUGCUUGCUGAACUCAAUGGAAAACAAGACCCGGCGGCGAGUUCGAAGAGUGAGAAAUCAGAGUUGGGAGUUGACCGGAGUCGGGAAAGAGAAAGAGAAAGAUCAAGAGGGCGGGACCGUGAUGGCAGGGGUAGGGAUUCUGAUCGUGAUAGUAGGGGCCGUGACUCGGAUCGUGAAAGGGACAGGAGACGUCGUUCUAGGGAAAGAAGUUCAGGACAUUCAGACAAGGAGAAGUCAAGGCGCCAGUCGUCACGAGACCGGGGUGACUACUACAGUUCGCACUCAUCUCGUGAAAAGGAUCGGCACAGGCACCAUUGAUCAAGCAGAGGAUCCCCGGUUCACAAAGAUUAGCUGCAUGGAGGCCACUAGAACGAAGCAGGAGAAAGAAUAUGUAGUGCGGCUGUCAUCUCAUCAUUUGCACAUGACAAUAACUUUUCCUUGGCAACAUUGUUUUACACCUGAUUUUGUAACAUGCAACAUGAUCAAGGUACUUGAAUUUGUAGAAACUGAACGAAGGAGUCAAGGGACAAUUAUCGUACGCGCACCGUUGUAUUACCUCGUUGACCUGCCAUUGUAACGGAGUGUGUAAUGUUUGUCUGUGUGAUAUAUAACCUUACUGAGAUUAGAAAAGAAAGAUCCUCUAUAUAAUAAUCCCCUCGUUUGCAAAUAA